UGUACUGUAUAUCGCCAACAGUCUUCAGCCCUAACAGUGCCGUGGAGUCGACUGCAGCUCGUUACUUUCUUUGAAAACCUUGGAUUAGGACUGGGACAGGUGCAGACUGCGUCCUUUUCAGAGGGCUUGUCCACCUUCCGGCCUGGAUGGAGUUUGCAAACAGCAUCCCUGCUAUGCAGCACAUUUAGCCCUUUGGCUCAGUCUUUUUUUUCUUUUUCUUUUUUCAGAAGGAGAAAGUCUGCGGCUCACUUUCCAUUUUUAGUAGUAGGUGGUAAUUUUUCUUCUGCUUCCUUUCACGGCGGGCAGUCCUUUGUCCGUCUUUUUGCAACAGACCGCUUCGAAACCGGCUUUCUGUUCACGGAGUACCUCACUUCCCGGCACUCAUGAAUUCGGAUAUUAAUAUGUACCUCGGCAGGGAGAAAUCAGGUAUUAUGAGGAAGAGAGCUCUUCUGCUGAGGAAAGGCUGCAGCUUUGAAAUAACAAGCUCUGCCUCUGAAGACUUGGGCUGCAGGCGUGGGGAAUUCAGCCGGAAACACUAUGGGUCCGUAGAACUGCUGAUCUCAAGUGAUGCUGAUGGAGCCAUACAGCGUGCUGGUCGAUUCCGUGUGGAAAAUGGGUCAUCUGACGAGACAACGGACUACACUCCAGGAACCUGGAGGAGAACAGAUGUUCAUUUGGAGAAUCCAGAGUACCACACAAGAUGGUUCUUCAAAUAUUUCUUGGGAAAAGUCCAUCAGAAUUACGUGGGCACAGACGCAGAGAAGAACCCCUUCUACCUGUCAGUCGUUCUAUCAGACCAGAACAACCAGCGGGUGCCUCAGUACAGAGCCAUACUGUGGAGGAAAACGGGAACCUUGAAGAUAUGCCUUCCUUACAGUCCUACAAAAACACUGUCAGUCAAGUCCAUUUUAAGUGCCAUGAACCUGGACAGAUUUGAAAAGGGCCCAAGGGAAAUACUCAACCCAGAGAUCCAGAAGGACCUACUGGUGUUAGAAGAACAAGAGGGUUCUGUAAACUUUAAAUUUGGUGUUCUGUAUGCCAAAGAUGGACAGCUCACAGACGACGAGAUGUUUAGCAAUGAAAUGGGAAGUGAAAACUUUGACAAGUUUCUAAACCUCCUUGGAGACACAAUCUCACUGCAGGGUUGGGCAGGGUACAGAGGUGGCCUGGACACAAAAAAUGACACUACAGGAAUUAAUUCCAUAUACACUGUGUACCAGGGUCAUGAGCUCAUGUUCCAUGUGUCCACCAUGUUGCCAUACUCCAAGGAGAACAAGCAGCAGGUGGAGAGGAAAAGGCAUAUUGGGAAUGACAUCGUCACAAUAGUGUUCCAAGAGGGAGAUGAUGCCUCCUCAUCAUUUAAACCGUCCAUGAUCCGAUCCCAUUUUACACAUAUUUUUGCCUUAGUUAGAUACAACGGCCAGAAUGACAGUUACAGGUUGAAGAUAUUCUCAGAGGAGAGUGUGCCUCUGUUCGGACCGCCCCUACCCUCCCCUCCAGUGUUUACAGAUCACCAAGAAUUCAGGGACUUUUUGUUAGUUAAAUUAAUUAAUGGAGAGAAGGCCACCCUGGAGACGCCAACGUUUGCUCAGAAGCGUCAGCGGACUCUGGACAUGCUUAUCCGCUCACUUUAUCAGGACCUCAUGCCCGACCUCCACAAGGUUCCCUUCUCUCCUCAGAACAUGCUGAAUCGACGCUCAUUCAGUGACGUCCUACCUGAGUCACCCAAAUCCGCACGGAAGAAGGAGGAGGCGCGGCAGGCUGAAUUUGUCAGGAUAGGGCAGGCACUGAAACUGAAGACGAUAGUGCGAGGUGACGCCCCUACUAGCCUGGUCACCACAGGGUUGUGUAGAAAGGAGCCCUGGGAGUCCCAGAUUUUCUGCAAUAGUUUUCCAUACGAGAUUGUGUGCAGUGACUCCUGGGGUCAGUCCUUGUUAGUCACCACAGAUGCUGCUGGAGUUAUGCUGCUGGAUGCUCCAGACCCAGCUAAUUUAAACACUGAUACACAGACGGUGCCUGUGCAAGUGUUUGAUAAAACCAUGGUGGUCAAACAGAUGCAUGUUCUCGAACCUCAGGAUCUCCUAAUUACUAGGGCUGACAAAGGCAAAGAUGCCCGUCUCUAUGUCUACAGACUGAGCACGCUCAAGAGAGGCUUAGAGGAGAAGCAGCUAAUCCGCAGCAAGUACGACAGCAGAGAAAACAAACUCGAAAAAACAAAAGGCUGCCAUUUGUAUUCCAUCAACACCCACCAUGGUGUAGAGCUGCGCAUUGUGGCGGCCAUUCGCAACAAGCUUCUCCUCAUCACCAGGAAGCAGCCACGGCUGGACUGCCUGAGCGCUGUCUCCAUGGUGACCGGGCCCCCCGAAUCACCCGUGGAAGAGUUCCAGUACAUAAGGGAGAUCUGUUUAUGUGACCCCCCUGUUGUCAUGGCACUGGUGGACGGUCCCACGGGAGAGAAUGACAACAUGAUCUGUGUGGCCUACAAACACCAGUUUGACCUCAUCAAUGAGAGCACCGGAGAGGCUUACCGGCUGCACCAUGUGGACGCCAAUAGGGUUAAUUUUGUGGCAGCCAUUGAUGUGUACGAAGAUGGAGAGGCAGGUCUUUUGUUGUGUUACAACUAUAUCUGCUACUAUAAGAAGGUCUGCCCAUUCAAUGGAGCCACACCUAUGAUCCAGUCAAGCACUUCAGACUUUCACUUCAGCUGGAACCAGAUGCCCAAUGCCAUCGUGUGCGCCUUUCCCUACAUCCUGGCCUUCACCACAGACUCCAUAGAGAUCCGGCUGGUGGUCAACGGGAACCUGGUGUACACUGCAGUGGUGCCAGAGCUGCAGCUGACUGCGUCCAGGUCUGAUAUCUACUUUGUGUCCUCCGCACCGGUCAAUGCUGCAUCCAACAGUAGCUCCAGAGAUACCAGCUCCCACAGCUCCCCCCAAACGCCAACCGGUUAUGAGAUGCCAGUCUUUCCCUCACCCCUUGGUGAUGAUUCUAUUAGGAUCCCCUAUGGAACCAAGCUUUCCCUGUACAUGUCAAAAGAAGCUGAAGGUGAAGUGCAGGCAAAGAACAUCUACAAGAUCCCCCUCAGCAACCUGGUGGGGCGCAGCAUCGAGAGGCCCCUGAAGUCACCGCUCGUCAACAAGGUGGUGACCACACCCGCCCCCAGCAUGGUGGCUCCAUCCACUCUCAUCCCCGUCACCCACUCCCUCUCCCUCUCGCGCAUGGAGAUCAAGGAGAUCGCCACCCGGACGCGCAAGGAGCUCCUGGGUCUUACAGAGGAACCCAGCAGUAAAUCAGAGAGCACGGUGAAACACAGGAAGGUAUGCAAGAAGGUGGUGGAGGAGGAGCCAAAACAGAGGGCGCUAAGGUCAACCAGCAGUGACAGGAUGGGCUCAGAAUCUGCGGAUACGGAUUUGGACGCCCAGCGACACUGUUCGUCCAGCUCCGAGGCGGAGCCAGAGCGUGCUGGGCAGCAGGAGGAGAGCCCGCCCCUCACUGCCUCUUUUGAGGAGGACAUCUUGGACUUGAAGUGAGGACAAUCCUGAAAGUGCUUCUGUGGGCAUGCCCUUUGUUCACGUUUCACCUCUUUGGCACGCCUCUGCCACCACUCUCGGUAUGAAUGUUUUGACGUGUUUUUCCACCCCAAAUGCUAAGCAUUCAGCCAUGGUGUUACUUUGAAAAAAAUAAUGAAGGCAAUGAUACAUUUUCCCUUGCCUACAGUAUAUAUUUUUGUUCAUUUCUAAUUGAAAUGAAGUGAAAACAAUGUGUUAAUUACAACAAAACAGAAUACUAUUUGUUAUUUAGGUUGCCAUGGCUUAAUUCUAAAAUCUAGUAAUAUGUAUAUACAGUAUAUCUGUUGUAUAUAUAGUAUAUGUGUUAUACUAUAAAUAUGUUUGUAUAUGCAUACACAUAUAUACACACAUAUAUGUACCUAUACGUGUAUAUACAUAUUGUAUAUUAUUUUUUCUGCCCUCCAUUUUGUCCAUUCCAUAUGUGUCAGUCUUGGUUUUUCAUCCAAUUCACAGUAUACAUGUAGGCAGUAUAAGUGGAGUUCCUCAAGUGCCAUUUUUCCAUUUCUUCCUCUGAAGAUAAUCUUAGCAUGCCAUUGCACACAUAAAUUCAUGUAAUCUGUGGUGGUAGUAAUGAUUGUUCACAUAUAACUUUGAUAUACAGUAUUUUCACAGGCGUUAAUACAUUACUUUAGUUUCGGAGCACACCACAGCAACACCGCCCCGGUGGCCUAUUUUGAGUUAUAUGAGAAAAGGAAACUGCUAACAAUAGUAGCAAGGCGAUGUGUCAAGACACGCCUGUGACAUUAAUACUCCUAAAUGCUGCCCGAUUGAAAAGGGCAUCAAAAUUCUGCAUGUGAAACUUAAGCUGCACUGGUAUUCUGUUUCUUCAGCUUGAAACCCUCAGAACCAAAGGAUCUCAAUCUCAAGUCUGAUUUUAUAGCUCCUUCUCAUCCACAGAUUACAACUUUAAAUAUACUGAGAUUUAUGAUUGGGGGAGUUAAAAAGAUCUUUUUGAAGCAGUUUGAUGAGACUGUGUUUUCUCUCCUGUGCGUGAAUCAGGCCAUAUGCAAUGUCCAGCUCCUCAAACUCUCUAUACAAAGCCAGGCUCACAUUUCCUUCAGGAAUGUGUGCCUCAAAUGAACAUGGCACUGGUGAAAAGUGGAUGUUAAAUAAUGCAAUAGAGGGACAAAUAACCUGGCAGUGGGGAGACCAUCUGAGCGCUGCCCUUUUGGUAAAGAAAUAGCCAUACCUUUUAUCCUCUUAGAACAGAGAAACAUACAUUUGGCUCACAAAAAUAGUGUGAACAGUUUUGAGACUGGCAUGUACUUAAAAACAAGGAAAGGGGGGUUUAUUUCAGUGCAGGAUGGUGCAGAGAAUUAAAGCAUCAAAGAUAAAUGAUAUGCCUUGAGGAAAGGCAGGAGGCGGCGGUCUAGACGCAGUCUCGGACCUGUGACGGCCUGUGCCCUCUUGUGGCUUUCCCGCAGCAUUCUUGUCCCUCGUGUAUAAUGCAUGACCAGUCCCUUCCCAUUCCUUCUUGCCUUCUCUCUGUUUACCUGUUUCAAUGUGAACUCUUCAACACUAGUGUGAGCCUUGAGAAAAAAAGGGAAAAAUGGGAAUAUUUUUGCAAACGUAUUUACCUGUUAUUUAUUAUUACUAUUAUUAUUGAGUGUUGGUGAGUGGGAGACAUUUGAUGGUUGAAGUUUGUAAUACCGGUAUAUCGGUUUGAAUGUUUUCUUUUCAUUUAGUUAGUCAAUCCUGUUUUUGUUUUCCUGGCCCCUAGACGUUUAGCAGUGGUUUUGUAUCUAAAUUAAUAUUUACUGUUUAGACUGUUGCUGAACCUCUGUGAUAUGAAAAUGAAACAAAAAUAAUAAAAAAAACACCAAGUGUCUUAAAAUAUAUUGUAUUGCCAUUGUUUUUAAUGCCAAGUACUACUUGUAAAUGUUUGUGUUUCAAAUGUGGCCUCAAAUGAAACUGAACUAUUAUUAUUAUUCCUUUUAUUAUUGUUUUAUUAUUUGAAUAAUUUUAAGUGCUGUAGACCACUGCUGUGAAAGUAGCUAAUUUUGUUCAUUGAUAUGAAAUAAAUAUUUAUGAAAUUUGA